CGGAAGGUUUGUGUGUCUCGCUUCCCUUCCGGUUUCGCCGAGGACCGACGACUCCUGCGGUAGAGCCACACACGGCGACCCGUAAUGCGCCGUCAAAGGUAAACUUGCGUCGGUCGUUUAAGUUUCCGUCGGUCAACAUGGGCGACGCGGACGGGCCGGCGACUCGCCGGAGGAGAGCGACCUUCUCGGCGGGGAGAGGGGCGCGUCCGCAGCCGAUGAACGGAGGGUCCGCCGCCGCCGCCUGGGCGGCGGAGGACGCCGAGAAGAAACACUGCGAGCCGGAUCCGGUCCAGAGCAAAACGAGGAGCGAGAAAAGAAAACGGAGGAACGACCCCGCCGAUAGACUUUGUUGUCAUGAGCUACGGGAGUCCUUGUUGAGCUCAGCCAGUGGUUACAGUAAUUACCGAGGAAUCCUAAACUGGUGUGUGGUCAUGCUGGUGCUGAGCAACGCUCGCCUCUUCUUAGAAAACUUGUUAAGGUAUGGCGUUCUAGUGGACCCCAUCCAGGUGACAUCCUUGUUCUUAAAGGACCCCUAUAGAUGGCCGGCGGCAUGCCUGAUAAUUGUGUCCAAUGUAUUCCUGCUGGUGGCGCUCUAUACAGAAAGACAGCUGUCAAAGGGAUCAUUCAGUGAGCGCGUGGGGCUGCUGGUUCACAUCAUCAACCUGUCAAUCAUUCUCAGCUUCCCUGCUGCUGUGGUCUUACUGGUCCCCUACAUAACUCCCGUUGGAGGUGCGUCUGUUCUGGUUACCUACACUAUUGUCUUUCUGAAGCUGUACUCCUACAAGGACGUCAACAGGUGGUGUCGGGAGCUCAGCACCAUUAAGGCCAAAAGACUGGCUAGAUCACUGUCAUGUCCCGCGCCGCAGCACCCCAACGGAGGAGGCCAAAAGGUGUGUUAUCCCGGCAAUCUCACCCUCAAAGAUCUGUACUACUUCGUGUUCGCGCCAACUCUCUGCUACGAGCUCAACUUCCCCCGCUCUCCCAGGAUUCGCAUGAGCUUCCUGCUGAGGAGGCUGUUUGAAAUGCUUUUCUUUGUCCAGCUGUUGGUCGGUCUCACCCAGCAGUGGAUGAUUCCAAUCAUUCAGAGCUCUAUGAAGCCACUGGAGGACAUGGAUUUAUCCAGGAUGAUCGAGAGACUUCUGCGAUUAGCUGUUCCUAACCACUUGUUGUGGCUGAUGUCUUUCUAUUGGUUCUUCCACUCGUCUAUGAACUUCACCGCUGAGCUGCUGCAGUUUGGAGACAGACAAUUCUACAAGGACUGGUGGAACUCUGAGACGGUGACGUAUUUCUGGCAGAACUGGAACAUCCCCGUUCACAAGUGGUGCCUCCGCCACUUCUACAAGCCGCUGCUGAGGAGGGGCUUCGGUAAGAUGGCCAGCCAGUCGGCCGUCUUCUUCCUGUCUGCCUUCUUCCAUGAGUACCUGGUGAGCGUUCCUCUGAGGAUGUUCAGACUGUGGGCCUUCAUGGGCAUGAUGGCUCAGCUCCCGCUGGCCUGGUUCGUCGGCCGCUUUCUGCGCGGUAACUACGGCAACGCGGCGGUUUGGAUGUCGCUCAUCAUCGGUCAACCUUUUGCUGUGCUAAUGUACGUCCACGACUACUACGUCAUGCACUACAGACAGGAGACGGGAGACUGACGUCGACACGCACGCACACACACACACACACACACACACACACACACACACACACACACACACAGACACACACACACACACACACACACAGCAGUAGCAUUCCAGGCAGCAUUCUGACACUCCUCCGUAUUAUUCCUGUACUGUGUUCAUUCCUACAUAUAUUUAACAGGGGGGAUGGGGGUCAUUUUGUAAGUGUCGUGUGUGAUGUGUUUGAAUCCGCAUGGCUGUUGUCAGGUAUGUGAUCCUCGGUCAUCGUGCUGUAUGAGUAUGAAUUGUGUCAGUGAUUUUUUUUUUUUGUCAACACAAAAGAUAAAUGAGGUGUAAUAACAUUUUAUUCAGGUGGGCCUGAUUGAGACAAGUAAGUUUUUAGCAGAAGGCAAACUCCAUUUUUCAUGGGCUGCCCCACCACCCCACCCCACCCCACCCCCAAGUUUGCCUAGUUUUCCAGUCGAGUAAUUUUACAUAAUCCAAUAUUUUUUUUCUUGAUGGCCAAAUUGAGCCUGUAUGUUUUCUUGUUUUUCUGCAAUAUUUCCCACCGAGAGAUCGACCCGUUGUCAGGGUGAUGGCUGCACGCUGGCUCCAAGUCACUGCAUCCGUGGUUGGCUCUCACCCAGCACAGAAUACAUCUGGAUAAAUGCUUUUUGGCCAAACUGUUUGAUUAAUGGGAACAUUAUUGCACAAGUCCUGAUUUUGGGCGAGAAUCCUUUUAAUUGCUUUUUUAUUUUAGUAGUGGCUAUUUAGGUUUAGGGCCCCAUGAUGGCCUGGCGGCCUGUCUAGGGUGUCUCCCCGCCUGCCGCCCAGUGACUGCUGGGAUAGGCUCCAGCAUCCCCGCGACCCUGAUAGCAGGAUAAGCGGUUUGGAUCAUGGAUGAAUGGGUGGGUGGGUG